AUGAAUAGAUCUAUCUAUCUCAGCCUGUUCAUAUCUAUCUAUCUAUCUAUCUAUCUAUCUAUCUAUCUAUCUAUCUAUCUAUCUCAGUGUAUUCGGGCCUAUAUCCAUAUCUGUCUGUCUAUCUAUCUCAGCCUGAUCAUAUCUAUCUCUUUAUCUAUCUAUCUUAAUCUCUAUCUAUCAGGGCUUGUUCAUAUCUAUCUAUCUAUCUAUCUAUCUAUCUAUCUAUCUAUCUAUCUUUCUGUCUAUAUCUAUCUAUCUAUCUAUCUAUCUAUCUAUCUCAGUCUGUUCAUUAUCUAUCUAUCUAUUUAUCUAUCUAUCAAGAUAUUGUACGCUUAUACAUACAUAAUUAUGAAUAGCAAUAUCUAUCUAUCUAUCUAUCUAUCUAUCUAUCUAUCUAUCUAUCUAUCUCAGCCAGUUCAUAUCUAUCUAUCUAUCUAUCUAUCUAUCUAUCUAUCUAUCUAUCUAUCUAUCUAUCUAAAUCAAUAUCUAUCAGGGUUUGUUCAUAUCUAUCUAUCUAUCUAUCUAUCUAUCUAUCUAUCUAUCUAUCUAUCUAUCUAUAAAGAUAUUAUAAUCGCUAUCAGGUCAGGGGUUCUUCUUUACCACAGAUACUCUCUUUCUCUCUCUUCUAUCUCUCACUCCUCCUCUCUCUCUCCCUCUCCAUCUAUAUUUCUCUUCGUCGUCGUCUUCCUUUUUAUUCUUCUCAUUUUUCUAUUUUAUUUCUCACUCGUUUUACAACUACUUCUCCUCUUCCUUUUCCUCCUUCACACUAUCUUUAUUUUUCUUCGUUUACUCCGUUUCAAAUCACUACUUUAUUUUUUUUACCUCCUCAUAUUCUUUAAAUUCCUGUCCUCUCUCUCCUCUUUUCCCUCCUUCAUUUUCCACUUUUUAUUCCAUUUUAAUAUCAUUACUUUAGAUCAUUUUUCUCUACUCCCUCAUACUUCGACCCUUCAGCUUCAGCUACCCUCACCUUCUCCUAUUCAGUCUUUUCCUCAUUCUACUCCUCCUGAAAUCACUCUCCUACAUCUUUACUUCUUUUUCACUUUUCCUUUCUUCCAUUUCCUCCUCGUCUUUGUCGUUAAAAUCUCUCUCUCCAACCUUUAUUCUCUCGCUUCUACUCGCUGUUAUAAUGCUUUAUUUUAUUUUCACUCCUUCCUUUUUGUGAUUAUAUUUUGUUCAUUCACAUUUUUUUUGUUUCUCUUUUCAGUUUCUUAUUAG